CAAAACACUUCCUAGUAACUGUAAUCCUAUGACGCAUUCUUGGGGAUUUACUACAUUUUAUUAUUUGUAUAUAAGCAAACGAGUUGAUUAUCUACCAUCAGUUUAUUGUUUGGUGCCAUACAGGAACGUUGUCUUGAAAAUGUUAUUAAUAGGAGUCGUUACAAUUAUUGCGAGCUGUGUCCCCAUCAGCUUCGCGUUGCCCCCAUGCGUCUGCACGCGAGGUUUCAGCCCAGUUUGUGGUUCUGAUGGCACCACAUACAAUAACCAAUGUAUGCUUGAUUGUGCUGCCACCAAAAACCCAGACCUCAAACUCGCUGGACCAGGCAAAUGCGACACUCGUGAGAAACGUGAGGAACCUCUAUGCCCAUGUAAUGCUAAUCUUGAUCCGGUUUGCGGGACAGACGGCGAGACGUAUGCCAACGAAUGCAUACUCGACUGCCAGAAACAACAAACCAAUGUUGAGGUUAAAUACCAAGGUCCUUGCAAGGUUAAAAGGGAAGAACCAAUCUGCUCCUGCUCCUUCGAUUACAAUCCAGUCUGUGGGACCGAUGGUCAAGGGCAAAAAACCUACGGCAAUCAAUGUGAACUCGAAUGCUUUCAGAGAACCCAGGCCGUGGAGUUCUUAUAUGAAGGCCCAUGCAGAAACAAGAGAGAGGAGAUCCAGGUCGCCCCAGGACCCAUAUGUCUUUGCACUACAGAGUUGAGACCAGUAUGCGCCAGUAAUGGGUUGACGUACGACAAUCCCUGUGUGUUUGACUGUGCAAAAGAAUCAAGCACGCUGGAGGUGUUGCAUAUCGAGCAUGAGGGCAUAUGUGCCCCCAAAAAGGUCGUCAUUGGCGAAGGUGGCCCACAGUGCUCAUGUCCGAAAGUAGAGGAACCCGUUUGCGGCUCUGAUGGUCAGACCUAUUCCAGCGAAUGUUUGAUGAAUUGUGAAGCCAAAGAAUUGACGGUCACCCGUAACGGACCGUGUUAAAAUAUAUCUCAGCAAAAAAGUUGGGGAGUUUUUAGGUUUCUUUCUACUAAAACGGCCAAGCCAAGGAAAAUAUAGCCAUCCCUGAACUUUGUGUCUCUCUAUCUCUAUAUCAUAAGGUGAUAUAAAUAAAACAUUUUUUUAUAAAGAA